CGUCCCUUAGUCUCGCGCUUAUCGUCGUCGUGACGACCCGCUCGAGCUCGACACCGAUGUCGUUUUCGUGAUCUGUGACGUUCCGAUGUGCGGUGCGUACCGAUCUGCACACCGUGUCAAUCGGCAAGGUGCCCGAUAUCAGAUUACAAGCCCUCGGGAGGUAAUUACGUUUAUUCCACCUGAAUAAGCAAGAAACCGCGUAGCUGCUACCUCCGAUAAUAUCACCGAUCAGUGGAGGAAUUAAUAUUUUUACCUCCGCGAUCGCAUUUGAGCGUCUUUGAUACGAAUCGUAUGCUAUUACGCGAUUUAACUGAAGUCAGAAAAGUUACAAAAACAAUUGGAAAAAAGCGGUACCAUAUUUUUCAAGUGUAAUAUUACGGUAAAUUCAAACGGGAUCGGAGCUAUCAAAUACCUCUAAUUAAAAAUAAUAAUUUUCUACCACACGGAAUUCUCUCGUUUCUCUAACAAUCAUUCAACACAAUUUGGCGCGGUUGAACAGGACGAAUGCUGAGGAACAUUUACUAGUUACCACUACUAGCUACUUGAAUGCCAAGUGUAUGCCCGACUUUUAUCUCGAGGUGACAUCUCGCCGGAAGCAAGCAGCAAGAACCACACUAGUGAGAUCGUCGGAACGUCAGAAGUUCAACCCUAGUUCUCGCACGCCAGGAUCGGAGAAAAAAAUCGUCGUGACACCUGUCCAAAGAUUGAAUUCGACGGAGCGGAAGGUAAAGUCGAAGGAAGACGAGGAACAAGAAGAAGCGCCCAAGUGGCAGCGUCGCUAGUGGAGAGAGAUAGGAAAGUGGUAGCGAGAGAAGCAGGAGGUCGGCGGGAGGUGAAGGCGCUGCCGCGGAGGAUUCCAAGCCGUGCCCCCCGGCAAGAUACGAGCCGCUUAUACUUGUAUAGCUACGUACACAGUAAAAUUGUGGCGAUGAAGGAACCCUGGCUACGAGUAUCUGGGUCAUGCAACCGUCCUCUCGGUGUUGCAGCCUGUUCUCCAUAAUUCUGCGAAAUUUCCCCGAUGCAGCAAAAAAGUAGAGAUCAUCGUUGACCGAAAGAGUUCUCACUCUUGAAGCGCACGAGAGAUCCGCGAAUACAGGACGAUAAAAAUAACAGCGAAAUUGUUCGAUCUUCCGUCGAGUAAUCGCGUUGUGUUUGCCGUGGCGUUCCGCGAACGUUAUGCUAAAUGAUAAGGGCACACAGAAUAUCGAGCGUUCAAUUCAGAAGAAAUGCACAACGCUGUGUUCUGUGUCAGCGUAAUUGGAAAUCCAUUCGUAGAGUAAACGGAUAAAUAUAUAUCGAAUACGCGACCUGUUCCAGAACGAAGUUGCAACUUAUAGGGCUGUCACGUUAAUGUCACUUACGUCCGGCAGCGGUAAGUGAACUAUAGACAUAUCGCGCUUUACUCUGCCGGGAGAAUCCGUAAUGAUCCGCACGGAUCAGUGAUUUGCGGGCUGGAGAGCGGAUCGAUCCGAUACCGGCCGCUGGCGCGGUAACGAGCUGUUACGUCGUUACGCGGUUACGUAAAAAGGAUCCACUUAGAUCCCCGCGGGAGCAAUUGUCGAGGAAAGUCCACGCGAGGGCUAUUAUCUAAGUCCGUGAGCGAUUCACACGCGGAACCCGCUGCCACCCUUCAUCUGGAACACGCUUGAGUCGGUCGACCCGAUAAAUAAUGAACUCCCGCAGUCAUUUGUCAAGCUCACCGUGGGACAAACGAAUGUUCAUCGGGGUAACGUCGUCGUCGGCCUAAAUGGGUGAGAUCAACGCAAGGCACCGGCUAGCACCGUGACAUUUCGCGUCGCUUUGCCGUUACGCAAGCGUUACGCAAGAAUCAUGUCCCUUUGACUCAACCGAGAACAGGUAAAUCAAACGGUAUAUAAGCGAUCGGCCUUUACGAUUUGUCUGCUCGCAAAGCUAUAUUGACGAAACGAACACAGAAGGGUGGAAUGCCGAGGUUCGUGAAUUGAAAUGGUGCUUAGUAACGAUCCUUAAGCGCUGAAAGGACGCAGGUACGCUUUUCGAUCGUGAACUCUCACCUGAGCGUUCGCCCUAGAAAUGCGAGAGUCAUCUGAUUCCGAUCGCGAUCAGUGCAGUCAUCCCGGGCAGUACGAUCAAUCGCGCAGGAGAUAACGGUGCCCGAAAAUACGGCUCGCGACUUCAUGACAGUGCUUGCGCAUCGGGCUCGCGGACGAACGAACGUGGAGAGCUUAUCUUGUACGUGGUAGCAAGCAACGCCAAGCAACAUGAGGCGACGGAACAACGGUUACUUCUGCCAAACGUCAUCGGUCAAGAGGAAUGGCCGCGGUGGAUGCAACGAAACUGAGGCGAACGAGCCACCGGGAUGGUGCAUCUACGCGGCGGUCGCGCUCGUCGCGGUCGGCUGUUAUCUCAAUGCGCUCGACUGCGACUUCGUGCACGAUGACAUACCGGCGGUGGUGAGGAACAGGGACGUGAUCGGCGAGGCGUCGUGGAGCAGCGUGCUCAACGACGAUUUCUGGGGUACACCGAUGGAAAGCAUCAAUAGUCACAAGAGCUAUCGACCUUUCACCACUCUGACGUUUCGAUUGAACUACCUGAUGGUGGGUUUGAGUCCCAUGUGGUAUCACGCCACGAACGUCGCCUUACACGCCGCUGCGUGCGUCUUAGUCACCAGAGUGAGUCUCGUGGUAGCUGCCCUUCGACCGGGAUUCGCAGCACUCGCCGGACUGUUAUACGCCGCACAUCCCGUGCAUACGGAAGCGGUGACUGGCAUCGUAGGCAGAGCGGAUGUUCUAGCGUGUAUCUUCUUUUUGCUGUCCUUUCUUGCCUAUCACGGUCAGCAGACGGCGUACGUAUGGUCCAGCGUUUGCCUGGGUGCCCUAUCGAUGUUGGCGAAGGAAACUGGCGUUACUGUUCUGGUACUAAACCUUCUUUACGAUCUCUAUCGUUCCUGGCAUUCAAUCAAGAGGUCUAUUUUCGAAGUCAAGUGGAACGACGAUUCUAGAUAUUUUUCAAGACGUGCUGCACCGUUACUCGUUUCGUUUAGCAUACUUUUUGUGGUACGGCUCGCUCUACUUCAUGGUACUUUGCCGAACUUCUCCGCACAGGAUAAUCCAGCUGCUUUUCAUCCCUGUUUCCACGUCAGAUUGUUGACUUUUUGCUACUUGGCAGCGCUGAAUUGUUGGCUGCUCCUGUGUCCGGCUAUACUUUCGCACGAUUGGCAGAUGGGAUCGGUUCCUUUGGUUACAUCUUUUACGGACACCAGAAAUCUCGCCACCUGUAUAUUCUUCGGCGGUUGUCUGGUUCUCACGUACAAAGCCUUCACGGAUUUCGAGCAACAAAGGCAUCCGCCUCUGGUUCUUGGUUGGAUGUUUCUGGUGCUGCCGUUCCUACUUGCGUCCAAUCUUUUCUUCACUGUCGGUUUUGUCGUGGCAGAACGGGUUUUAUAUACGCCGAGUGUUGGGUGGAUUAUUUUGAUCGUCUACGGUAUGCAGGUGAGCUGGGUCGCUGCACCACGACGGAGAAGUUGGAUCACUACAGGCGUAGUUCUCCUGCUCGUUUUAGGAUGUUUCAGAACGGUUCUUCGGAACAACGAUUGGAGAUCUAGAGAAACUUUAAUCAAAGCGGGACUGCGGUCUCUACCCUACAAUGCCAAGAUGCAUUACAACUUCGCUAAUUUCCUUAAAGACACGUCGCAACCGAACCUUGCGGUUCACCAUUAUCAGUUGGCCCUCUGGCUCUGGCCAGGGUACGCCAGUGCGCAUAAUAAUCUUGGAACCCUCACGAUAGAUGAUCAAGCGGAAUAUCAUUUUCUAGCAGCUAUUAACGCUCAACCUGGUCACGUAAAUGCUCAUUAUAAUCUCGGACGAUUGUACAGAAGAACAAAUCGAACUGAACAGUGCAUCGAGAUGCUAAGAAGAUGCGUGUCGUUGGAUCCGACAUAUGCGCCGGCAUUUAGAGUUCUAGCGAGAAUCGCUACCGGUCCUGCAACAGGCGAGCUCCUGAGGCACGUAAUUCACCUUCAGCCACGAAACCCGGACGCUCUCGCUGAGUAUGCUUACUGGUUGUACAAGAAUGGCAAAUGGUUGCCCUCGCUCCACUACUAUUUCAAAGCGAUGGAGAUCUUCCCGUCGCACAAACCAUCGCUUAUUGGUACGCUCAGGAUUUUGAGGUUGCGAGGUCAGUGGUCCAGAGUACACCAGCUCAUCAUCAGGUGGCAUUUAAUGUUACGAGCGAAACGAGGAGGCUUCAUCUAUCGCGGGGAUUUGUAUAUUCGUGCGUGGGAGUUACAAAGCGAGUCUCGUCAAAGGACUCAUCAACAUCAACGGAAUCUCUGUAUAUCGGAGAACGGAUGUUCGAGGCCGCGCGUGGCCAGCGUGUCGGUGCAACUCGAACAAGACAGCAACAAGUCGGAACAGCUGCAGCGGGCGCCGCGUUGUAACGUGCGCGCUUGCAGACAGCCAAGAAAAGGGAAGGCGCGUGUGACCGCGCCCACCCUGCUCGUGCAGAAUUUUCUGGAGACGCUUUAGUCCGCCCCGAUCGGGGAUCGGGUCUACCUCCUACUCGUUCGCCAGCUGAAAACGGGCCGUGGGAGAUGAAGAGAGAAGCGCGAUACUCCGAUCGCGUAGCAGCCUCGUCCGACGAUCGUCAGCGACGAAGAGAGUCCUAUUAUAGUGGAAUGCCUGAAUAUUUUUCGUAUGCCGUGUUUGUGUGCUAUUUGGGACCGCAAGCCCGACCUGUCACCGGAUUAAUCACGAUAACGAGAUGAAAGAAGGUACGCAUAUAUCGUUAUCGUUUAUAUGUGUGUCCUCGCGUUCUUCGUGGCAUCCUGUUUAUUCUGUCGAUCGGACAGCGACGAUGCGAGUCGCGAUCUCUUCGAAAAUAAAGUCGCUAAUGAAAAAAAAAAGCAAAGAAAAAAAAAACAGAUGCCUGUACCGUAGAUAAUUUUGGCUUCGAAUGUGGAUGAAAACAUUCUGAAAUCAUUCACGCCAGGACAAAUGACAAUGUUGCGCUAAAUGGUGAGAAUCGAAUGCUAUAAGAAUUAAAUUCCUUGAAAAUUAUUUUGUCACUUUUAAAUUCAUCAUAAGAAUACUUAACGAGAGAGGACCAAGGGAGAUUCGAGCGAUUAACUGUGCGCGACAAACGAUUAUACAAAGUUUCUCGCGUAUUGAUUAAACACAUAAUCAGAUAUGACAUAAAACCGUGUGCGUUCAAGCGUGUAUAACUACUUAUACUUUUGAAACGUGAUAAUUGUAAUUGGUAACAUAGUCACAUGUAGUAUGACGUGUUUCUAUAAAUAUUUGCUGUAUCUCGUGUGUGCUUUCAACGUUUUUACGAUGUCCGUUUUGAUGAAACGAUAAAGUCUCCAUUGUACAUGUAAUACCAGAAAUACAAAGUGUUUCAACAAACAAUAUAUCGUAAUAAAAAUUGAGGAUUACAUUCGUGAAAAAUAUCUCGAGAGAGUUUUGGUGGGCAGUUUAGCAAAACUAUAGUCGUCUCAAAAAUACUUGAUACGAAUGGAUAUCAUAAUAUUAAAAAUAAAUCGAUCUUCUUGUUAAAGAGUCUAUACUUAUGAACAUUCAUAAUUUUCAUUACCAACGAAUACAUGCGCACACACAUACACAUAUACAGACUCAUUCAUUGAAAUAUUAUAUAGGUACAUUUUAUAUCUUUCUUUUUGUCAUUUGUACGUCGAGGCUGGAAGCUCGAACACGAAAAAUAAAAUCAUGGUGUCGAAUUUUAUCUUUUUGAUGAUAAUGACAAUAGCACAGUGCAUAAGAUGAGAAUACGUAUAUACUUUUCGGAUUCUUUCUCGGAUCAUACUUUGUGUUCCUCUCUCGUAGAUACGCAAUUUUACGCACGUAAAUACACGGUGCCAAUACUAGGGUAAUGAAUGUGCCACUAAUUUGUGGCGUUUGGUAUGGCUUUUGUAUGAAAAUUAAAGAAACAAAUAAUUUUAAAGAAAUACAUUCUUCGAUGAGCUUGGUAUGGCAAUGUUCUAUUGCAAGUAUAUCGUAAAGAAAACUUUUAUGAAAGUUUUUCUUUUCAACGUUUAUGAAUUUAUUACAUAAAAGAGAUUAAUUAAGUAGUAUUUCACACGGAUUAGAUAUUGAAAUAUCAAAAUUAUGUUAUUUUGUUCACUGUAAUAUUAAAUUGCUAACGAGUUAUUUAAGUUAAAUAAAAUAUUGCUGGGAACAUUUAGAAUAGAAUCGAUUCUUUUGCGAUUAAUAAUUCAUCAUAUAACUGUUUAGCGAAAUAAAUAAAAUAUAACUUGUUUAUAUAUAUACAUAAUGUGUUGGAUUCUAAUUAUUUGUAUGUCCCUUUACGAAUACUUGUAAAACAUUGUCAAAACUUAAUAGAAGACCAAUGUAUAUACCUGUAUACAGAAAAGAAAUGUUACAUCGAAAGUUUUGUCGAUGCUUAUUAAACUUCUCUACUAUAAAUUACUGUCAUGUAAUAUCGUUAUAACGAACGAGUAAAUAAAUUUUGGCCAUCCGGUUACAACGGCCUGUGGUACUUUGCAGAACACUGCGGAUAGUGGGAAAAAUGCAACGAAACGAGAAUAAGAUCUAAACUAUAAUGGUAUAUGGAAAUGGUAAUGCAUAUGUAUGAAGUUACAUUUUCAGUUGCUAUAUCUUUCUGUCUACGACUCUUGUUUGCUAUUCGCAGCUCGAAUAUCUUUAUUUCAAUAUUUUGUUUUAACGUAAUAAACAUUAAAUAGAAUACCUAUAAAUUUCUUCGAUUAA